GAGGACAAAAGCAUGCGGCUGGGUUUUCUCCUCAUCGCCGCCGGUUUGCUUUCCCUCCUGGGCUUGGGUUGUUGCUGGUUACGCCCGGCUUUACAAGAACGGGGAGGCGGCGGCUCCGCGAAUUGCACGGUGCUGGCGGUGCGGCAGCUGGGGGAACGCUUCGCCUGUACCUUCUCCUGCGGGGCCGCCUGUCGCGGUACCGCCCGCUACCCCUGUCUCCAGGUCCUGGUCCGCACCUCCCGCUCCUCCCUCCCUGCCCUUCUCCAUGAGGACGAGCGGCAGCUCCGUACUAACCCCAAGUGUUCAUACAUCCCUCCCUGCGCAAGAGACGAUCAAGAGAACUCUGAGAACGUCACGUACAAGCAGAAAUACUGGAAAGAGAAAGUGGGUUCACAACCAUUUACAUGCUAUUUUAACCAGCACUUGAGGCCAGAUGAUGUGAUGCUGAAGCGCACCCAUGAUGAGACUGUCCUAUUGCACUGCUUCCUCUGGCCUCUGGUUACAUUUGUGGUCGGAGUCCUCAUUGUGGUCCUGACCAUCUGUGCCAAGAGCUUGGCUGUCAGGGCAGAGGCAAUAAAAAAGAAGAAGCAUUUGUAA